UUACCUGAAAUACAAAAUGCUUGAAUCCAUCCGAUAUCUCUUUGGCUCAAUCGGUCCAAGCGGUUAUGGCUCCAAAUCCACAGCAGAACAAGUCACUGAAACCUUCAUGAACAACAACAAUGAUCUAAGAUCCAUCACCGCCAUUAUCACAGGCGCUACGUCAGGAAUCGGAGCAGAGACGGCUCGAGUCCUGGCUAUGCGAGGUGUCAGACUCAUACUUCCAGCUCGGAGUCUCAAGGCUGCUGAGGAAACCAAAUCUCGAAUCUUAUUGGAAUUUCCUGAUUCAAAAAUCAUCGUUAUGGCUCUUGAUCUUAGCUCGCUUACUUCAGUCAAGAAAUUUGUUGCAGAGUUUAUUUCACUUGAUUUGCCUCUUAAUCUACUAAUAAACAACGCCGGGAAAUUCUGUUACGAUUAUGCUUUAUCAGAAGAUGGAAUCGAAAUGAGUUUUGCAACAAAUUAUUUAGGUCAUUUUCUAUUAACAAAACUUCUGUUAAAGAAAAUGAUAGAGACGGCGGAAGUUACCGGAGUUCAUGGCCGUAUUGUUAACGUUUCGUCGGCUAUUCAUAGCUGGUUUUCCGGCGAUAUGAUUCGUUACCUCGAUUUGAUAACCAAAAACAGAAGUCAUUACGAUGCAACACAAGCAUAUGCUCUCUCGAAACUAGCAAAUGUUCUUCAUUCCAAGGAACUUGCUCAGAGACUUAAGGAAAUGAAAGCGAACGUGACUGCAAAUUGCGUUCAUCCUGGAAUCGUAAGAACAAGAUUGACGAGAGAACGCGAAGGAAGAAUCACAGAUCUGGUGUUCUUCUUAGCUUCAAAACUGUUAAAAACAAUUCCACAGGCAGCUGCAACGACCUGCUAUGUAGCGACGAAUCCGAGGAUGGAGAGAGUGAAUGGAAAAUAUUUUGCGGAUUGUAAUGAAACUUCAUCUUCGAAGUUAGGAAAUAGUGUGGCGGAGGCGGCGAGAUUAUGGCUUGCUUCAGAGAAUAUGAUCGCCAUUGAUGAAUAACUGAAGAAAUGAAUUUGGCGGCAAUUUGUAGAAAUGA